CUCGGAAUGAGUCACGUGUAUCGCUGGCGCUGGCCAGAGGAGAGUCAGACGAGGCCUGCCUUUCAUUCUAAGGCGUGGUGUUGUAAUGGAGGAAUUCCACCUGGGUGCAGGGAGGCAAGGGUCACCUGGGAAGUGUCAAUGUCCAGAUGUGACAGAGGUGUCCGUUUUUGUUCUUCCUAGCAAUUGUAUUUAAUUUGUGAUGCUCCGCUUAUCAGCACCUUCCUCAUGGACAAGGCUGGUCUGUGGUAGAUUUAUUUUACUGGCUUCUCCCAAGGAGGCCUAAAGUCCUCUUCAUGGAAAAUUCCGUAAAAAUAUCUGGCUUUGUUCUAAGGCUCAGUGGGUGUCACAUCAGACCACUUCUCUGACAAAGGGAGAAGAUGGACAAUCAUGGAUAUAUUUUUGUCUAAUAACUGACCAGCUUAUCAACUGUGACUCAUUGUCAGGCUCUGGGCCAACGAAAGAAUGGAGAUGCAAAUUCACUACCAGUGGCCAGUGAAAAACGGUACACAUGAGAAUAAGGAGAUGGCUUUGGAAUAAAACCCAUGGAAUCCAGGGAUAUCACCCUUGAAUCCCAGAGGAUGACAUGAAUGAAGACUAACCUUCGUUGGCAGAACAUCUUAACCUGGACCAGCUAAAAGGGAAACAUCUCGAUCUCUCAUUCUAUGAAAAGCUGACAUGAGAUGAGCCUGGCAAGGAGAAGGGAUUCUCUCUCACAGUGGCCAAGAAUUCCCCUGAAACAUGAGAUGGCACCAAAGAAUAAAACCAGAAACAGGUUUCCAGUGAAAUGAGGAGACAGGCCAAAGUGCAAGCAGAUUGGAUCCAUCUUGUCCUCCAGGAAAUGCCCGCUUCUGUCUGCCCCUGAGAGCGACUUGUUUGCCACAGAUAUCUGGAAGGUCUGGCACAUGGAGGACAACAUGCCAAGAUGGAAGGAGUCCGUCUCGCUCUCAUCCGUGGCCAAUGGUCUGGAGAACAUGGGAGCUGAGUUCUUAGAAAGCAUGGAGGAAGGCCGGACCCCUGGCAGCAACAACCCAGGCCCCCCAGAGGGAGGCGACAGCUGGAGCGAGGCUGGCCCGGAACCCUUCUCAGGAUGGAGGAGCCUGCAGCCAGCCCUGAGGGCGAGACGCUUCUGCAGGGCACACACACUGCUGUUUCGAUGGAUCUGCGCAGGCCUGCUCUGCACUGCAUUCACAGCCUUCCUGGUGAUCGCCUGCCUCCUGGAUUUCCAGAGGGCCCUGGCGCUGUUUGUCUUCACUUGUGUGGUCCUUGCCCUCCUGGCCCAUGGCCUGCUGAAGAGGCUGCUGGGCCCGAGGCUGCUGAGGUGGGCCCAGCCUCUGGGCAGUUCCCGCCUGAGCUUCUGGCUUAAGAGGGGUCUAGCCCUCGCUGCUUUUCUGGGCCUGGUUCUGUGGCUGAUUCUGGACACCUCCCAGCGGCCUGAGCAGCUCGUGUCCUUUGCAGGAAUCUGCGUGUUCGUCGGCUUCCUCUUUGCCUGCUCCAAGCAUCACGGCGCCGUGUCCUGGAGGGCUGUGGCUUGGGGCCUUGGACUACAGUUUAUACUUGGACUCUUCGUCAUCAGAACAGAACCAGGAUUUAUUGCAUUCCAGUGGCUAGGCGGCCAGAUCCAGAUCUUCCUGAGCUACACUGAGGCCGGCUCCAGCUUCGUGUUCGGGGAGGCUCUGAUCAAGGAUGUCUUCGCCUUUCAGGUGUUGCCCAUCAUUGUUUUCUUCAGCUGUGUCAUGUCAAUUCUCUACCAUGUGGGCCUCAUGCAGUGGGUGAUCCUGAAGAUCGCCUGGCUGAUGCAGGCCACUUUGGGCACCAUGGCCACCGAGACCCUGAGUGUGGCUGGGAACAUCUUUGUGAGCCAGACGGAGGCUCCUCUGCUCAUCCGGCCCUAUUUGGCAGACAUGACGCUCUCUGAAAUCCACGUUGUCAUGACGGGAGGCUACGCCACCAUUGCUGGCAGCCUGCUGGGCGCCUACAUCUCCUUCGGGAUUGACGCCGCCUCCUUGAUGGCUGCCUCUGUGAUGGCCGCACCAUGCGCCCUGGCCCUCUCCAAGCUGGUCUACCCCGAGGUGGAGGAGUCCAAGUUUAAGAGUAAGGAAGGAGUGAGGCUGACGCAGAGAGAUGCUCAGAACCUCUUAGAGGCAGCCAGCAGCGGGGCCGCCAUCGCUGUGAGGGUCACGGCUAACAUUGCGGCCAACCUGAUUGCCUUCCUGGCUGUGCUGGCCUUCGUCAACGCUGCGCUCUCCUGGCUGGGGGCCAUGGUGGACAUCCCGGAGCUCAGCUUCCAGCUCAUCUGCUCCUACGUCCUGCGGCCUGUGGCCUUCCUAAUGGGCGUGGCCUGGGAGGACUGCCCCGUGGUGGCUGAGCUGCUGGGAAUCAAGCUGUUUCUGAACGAGUUUGUGGCCUACCAGGAGCUCUCCCAGUACAAGCAGCGUCGCCUCGCAGGGGUGGAGGAGUGGGUUGGCGACAAGAAGCAGUGGAUCUCAGUCAGAGCAGAAAUCCUCACGACGUAUGCCCUCUGUGGAUUCGCCAACUUCAGCUCCAUUGGGAUCAUGCUGGGAGGCCUGACCUCCAUGGCUCCGGACCGGAGGAGCGACUUCUCCCAGAUUGUGCUCCGGGCACUCCUCACGGGCGCCUGUGUGUCCCUGGUGAACGCCUGCAUGGCGGGGAUCCUCUAUGUGCCCAGGGGGGCCGAGGCUGACUGCACCGCGCUCCUGAACACCACGCUCAGCAGCAGCAGCUUUGAGGUGUACCAGUGCUGCCGCGAGGUCUUCCAGAGCAGCCUGGAGUUCAGCCCGGUGGCUCUGGACAACUGCUGUGGAUUUUACAACCACACCAUCUGCACGUAGAGGGGACAGCACAUCUUUGUGUGUCCUGGGGCUGUUCUUCCCCCGGAAGCAGCUGUCCCCACCAUCCCUCUCCAGGCCUGUCCUCGGGGGUGCCACAGGGCUGCGACCCACCUCAGCUGCACGGUCGGAAAGGGGCUGGGUGAAGGGGCAGAGGCUGAGCGAGUGUGCAAGUAAAUGAAGGAUCCCCCCUCCGUUCCCCCUUCUGUUCCCCCAUAUCCGUCCUCCAAGAACAUAGACUCUCAGGGUCACUCUGCCUCCUCUUCUGUCCCCGCCGUCCAGCUCGCACCCUGGUCCUCCCUGGGCCCGGCCUGGGGUCCCGCGCAUGCACCUUCCCUCUGUACGGGCUUCCUCGCCCCCGGCUCCGGCUGAGCUUCCCUCCUGCUCUUCUGGGCCCUGGGGCUGCUGCGGCUCACCGGCCACUGGCCGGUUCCUCCUGGAGCCUCACAUCUACUUGCAGACGCCCCUGCUGCUUUUACUGUGUCUUCACAUGGCAGAGAGGGACAGCAAGCCCCCUGAAGGGCGCUAAUCCCAUCAUGGGGGUCCCACCCCAUGAGCUCACCUAACCCUAAUUGCCUCCUAAAGGCCCCACCUCCAAACUCCAUCAAAAGGAAUGGAGGUGAGGCCUUCAGCAUAUGAACCUGGGGGGACACAGCUCAGUCUAUAACACCUAUUGUGCGCCACGCUCUGAGCUAGGCAGGGAACAGCAGUGAGCCAUGCUCUGCAGUGAGGUAAAGAACUGGCAUCUGCCUUAGAGAAGAGGGUUGCCCAGGAGGGGAAGCCCAGCAGAGACUGGAGGUGGCCCCUGCUAAGGGGAUCUUGAGCAGAGGGAACGGGAGAACGAACCUCAGCAGGGCUGUGCGGGCAUCCACAGGCGGCCUGGCCAGUGGCAUUUCCGGGGGCUCUUUGAUGUUGAACACAGAGUACAUUGUGAUGUUGUGUUAUCCACAGAUGAUGACAGGAUUUUUUUUCAACUAAAGCCCAGUUCAGUAAUUUAAAAAGCCAUUUUAAUUUGUACCAGAUACUGGAAUGUGAUCGCACAUCUUCACCUACAUGAGGUUUCUUGAAAUAUGUAGAUUUUGUGUUCCUCUGUAUUUAGUGUAAACAACAUACAAGAUAUAUUUAUUGUUUUAAAUCAAGUUCUGGUGGGGUGGUCUGGUAAGGAACCCCUUUCAGUCACGUGAGUGUCAUGAGUGACCUGCUUUGGAAACAGCCCCAAGUCUACACUGAGAGCCCUUUGCAGAUGAAAGGCUCUUGUCCUCCCCUGCUUCAUGACUUGCUUCCAAAGCGCACAGUUUGGAAAUGGGGGGAAUAAGAAAGUAACUUUGCAGUAGAGAAGCCUGGCAAACACUUCCUUAGCUAGGCACCUGGUUAGCACCAUCAGUGACCAGUCUAGUUGACACAGACAACCUUGAUGACCUUGUGUCGAGAAGGGCGCUCCAUCUCUGUGGUCUUCCCCCCCAAAGCCCAAAAACCCCAGUCUAACUAUGAGAAAAA